AUGAAGUAUGGUAGAGAUAAAAUUGUGGCUGAAUUUUUUUGUGAGGAAAUAUUUACAAGAUAUGGAGUGCCCAUAGAAAUUAUUACAGAUCAAGGAGCACAAUUUACUUCCACACUAAUCACAACACUGGUUAAUGAAUAUAAUAUCAGACAUAGGAAGUCCACUCCUUACCAUCCUCAAGUAAAUGGUCUAGUAGAAGUGACUAACAGGGAACUAGAGGCUAUUCUCACAAAUGCAGUAGCUCUUCAUAAGAAAGACUGGUCAAACAGACUGCCAGAAGCCAUUUGGGCAUACAUAACUACAUGGAAAACAACUACUGGUUUUACAAAUUUUGAAAUGAUGUAUGAGAAGCUAGCCAUGAUGCCCAUUAAGUUUGAACACAAAAAUCUGAGGACAACUCUGCAACUAAAUAUGAACCUAUCUGAAGCACAAAGAGAUUGA